AGCGGCAGAGAGCUUCAUUUUCUGAUCUGCUUUUGUGCUAAAAUGGAGGCUGGCCUCUCGCCCUGAGUGGAUCGCCUUCCUGGUUGAGGUUUAGAUGUUGACAUGCAAUAAAUCUGGAGACAGGAUGGUUGUGGAUGCACCUAACUCCAAUGGGCCCUUUCAGCCGGUGGCUCUUAUGCACUUCAGAGAUGUGGCCCCCGCAGAGCAGGAGAAGCUCUUCAUCCAGAAGCUACGGCAGUGCUGCGUUCUUUUCGACUUCCUGUCCGACCCGCUGAGCGACCUGAAAUGGAAGGAAGUGAAGCGGGCGGCGCUGAGCGAAAUGGUGGAGUACAUCACCCACAACCGGAAUGUCAUCACAGAGCCCAUCUACCCGGAGGUGGUGCACAUGUUUGCGGUGAAUAUGUUCAGAACAUUGCCUCCAUCGUCCAACCCCACUGGAGCGGAGUUUGAUCCAGAAGAGGACGAGCCAACACUUGAAGCUGCAUGGCCACACCUCCAGCUCGUCUAUGAAUUUUUCCUUAGGUUUUUAGAAUCGCCUGACUUUCAGCCUAACAUAGCAAAGAAAUACAUCGACCAGAAAUUUGUUAUGCAGCUCCUAGAACUAUUUGACAGUGAGGAUCCCAGAGAGAGAGACUUCCUCAAAACUACCCUCCACAGGAUUUAUGGAAAGUUCCUGGGGCUGAGAGCAUACAUCAGAAAACAGAUCAAUAACAUUUUCUAUAGGUUUAUCUAUGAGACAGAGCACCAUAAUGGUAUAGCUGAACUACUGGAAAUACUUGGAAGCAUAAUCAAUGGAUUUGCCUUACCACUAAAAGAAGAGCACAAGAUUUUCCUGUUGAAGGUUUUAUUGCCUCUGCACAAAGUCAAAUCACUCAGUGUCUACCAUCCACAGCUGGCCUACUGCGUGGUGCAGUUUUUGGAAAAGGACAGCACUCUAACUGAGCCAGUGGUAAUGGCUCUACUAAAGUACUGGCCAAAGACUCACAGUCCCAAGGAAGUGAUGUUCCUCAACGAGCUGGAGGAGAUCCUGGACGUCAUCGAGCCGUCCGAGUUCGUCAAAGUGCAGGAGCCUCUCUUCAGACAGCUGGCCAAGUGUGUGUCCAGCCCGCACUUCCAGGUGGCGGAGAGAGCUCUGUACUACUGGAACAACGAGUACAUCAUGAGUCUGAUCAGCGACAACGCAGCAAAGAUUCUGCCGAUAAUGUUCCCUGCUCUGUACCGCAACUCUAAGACCCACUGGAACAAGACCAUCCAUGGCCUCAUCUACAACGCUCUGAAGCUUUUCAUGGAGAUGAAUCAGAAGCUCUUUGAUGAUUGCACGCAGCAGUUCAGGGCUGAGAAAAACAAAGAGAAGGCAAAGUCAAAAGAACGUGAAGAGGCUUGGAUCAAGAUCGAGAACCUCGCCAAGUCGAAUCCACAGUUCUUUAUGUAUGUUGAUUCCUCUGACCUCAAUAGUCCUGUAGCAAUGGAGACGGAUGUCCCUUUGAUAGAAGAUGUUCAGAGGUUAAAAAAGACAGUUGAGGAGGGCGCGACUCAGUUGCAGCAUGACCAGCGGAAAGAGCGGCCUAUGGUGCGACGCAAAUCUGAGUUGCCUCAGGAUAUCUACACCACAAAAGCCUUGGAGUCCCACCGCAGAGCUGAAGACAUGUUGACAACCCACGAUGGACUCUAGGUCCCGCCAUCUGCCGGCUCUUUGUUCAACUGCCCCUUUUACCCUCGACAGCCAUGGACAUCCUCUUCGCCCAGGCGCCAGAGUUACACUGGUGACCCACAUCGGGCCCUCCAUCCCUCCUCCUACCAUCACUUUACCCAGAAUCCUCAGUUCUUCAUUCCUGCUGCCCCAGUGCAGAAGCCCUGCAUCCUCCUCCCCCUCAGAUUUCUGCUUUCUCAGGUUUUUUUCUUUAUUUGGAGAGGAGCGUGUUUGUGUGUCUUUAUGCCCUCGCCACUUUCAUUGUGUUCUCCGAUUAUCUUCCCCCCAUCGGUUCCUCUUACCUUCUUUUCUCCUUCCAUCCCCCCCUGUGCGCUCACUGUAAAUGUGGAACCUGGGAGUUCGGAUACGCUGGUUCCUUCAUUCCUUCUCGCAAACACAAUGGAUCGGACGUGGAAACGUAGGAACUGACUGACUCACUGUCUAAGGAUCGUCUCUUGGUCUCUGCUUGGUUUUCUUUUCUGUCAAAGGGAACAACAGAAACCUGUUGGUCAGAUGAAAGACAAGACUUUCCUGUCAUCCAUUGAGUUUCCUUUCGUUUUUGGUUGCUCAAUCUUACGGAGACAUCUUGUCAGUGCCAAGACUGUUGUGUUCUUUAUGUUUGUUUGAUGUUUUUAUCUGUGACUUAAACAGGGACACCUGCCUUUGUUUCUGGUCACUGGUGUUUGAAAGAUUUUGUUUGUUUGUUUGUUUGUUUGUUUGUUUGUUUGUUUAGCACACCAGACCAAACUGAGGCUCGUCCUUAGCCUUGCAAUGUCCAGGAAAGGUGGCAAGGAAAGCGGAAGUUGUCCCGUGGACAUCUGACGCUUUCCGGUUUAUUGUUUUGUGCCAUAUGCCGCUCUUUUAUAUGCUUGCUUCCUUAUGUUCAAGGACAAUAUUUGAAAAUCAGACCAUAGUGAUGACUAGACAGUUUAAACAAUGGUACUUACUGAUAUUGGGUUAUUAGAUGAGGAUGAACCUGAGUGAAAGCUGUUUGUGUUUGCUACCUAAGUUGCAGUAGCAGUGUUCAGGGCUUGGCUGU